CGGGAGCCAGAGAGUGGUGACUGGGCAGGAACCACUGCCAUGGCGUCAGCGCCACUGCGGGUGGCAGUAGUGUGUUCCAGCAACCAAAAUCGGAGCAUGGAAGCCCACCAUCUUCUCAGCAAGAAGGGAUUCAAUGUCCGGUCCUUUGGAACAGGGACUCAUGUGAAGCUUCCAGGACCAACAGCCGACCAGGCAAAUAUUUAUGAUUUCAACACCACGUAUGAUGAAAUCUACAGAGAUCUUGUUGAGAAAAACGAAGAGUUUUACAGGAAUAAUGGCAUUUUGCGCAUGCUGGAGAGAAAUAAGGAAAUCAAGCCCAGACCGGAAAGGUUCCAGAACUGCAGAGAUGUAUUUGACCUGAUCCUCACUUGCGAAGAGAAAGUGUAUGACCAGGUGGUGGAAGAGCUGAAUUCCAGAGAGCAAGUGACCUUACACUUAGUGCAUGUGAUCAAUGUGAACAUCCAGGACAGUUUCGAAGAAGCCAGCCUGGGGGCGUUCCUGUUCUCGGAGCUCUGCCAGUGCAUUCAGCUCAUGGAUGACGUGGACAGUGAGAUCGGGGAAGUGCUACUGGAGUUCGAGGAGAAGAGCGGCCAGAGCUUCCUGCACACUGUCUGCUUCUACUGA